UGUCCACAAGGUGGCGAAUGGCACGAAAAAUGGCGGAAGACAUCGAGAAAACUGUGCCACUGUUGAUAAUAUUUGGGAUUUUGUGUGCUUUCUGCUCAGCGGAUGACUGUGAGGAUGGCCGGUUUGGAUGGAAGUGCAGGUUCACAUGUCGAUGUAAAGAUAAUGCUGUGUGUGACAAAAUAACAGGGGAGUGUCCUGAUGGUUGUGAAGACAACUACUACGGCGCCAGCUGUCUGUUAGAGAAUGACUACAAGUACGACCCACACGGAGCCAAUUACACGGGAACCAGGGAUGCUGUCUUUAAAGACGGCACUAUGCAUACAUGUCAGGACUGGAAUAACUCUGUGGUCAUGGGUUUUCUUGGAAUUAAUGGCAAAAACUUCCCUGAUAAGGUAUUGCCAGGUCCCUAUUGUCGAUAUCCUAUUGGCGAGUCGAAACUGAAAACCAUCGCAGGUGUACCAAAUGGUCCAUGGUGUUUGUACGACAUGGAAAGACUCCAGCUUGGUUCAUGUGAUAUAACAAAUAAAGAUUGUGAGGUGGGGAGGUAUGGUCCUAGCUGUUUGUAUGAAUGCCACUGUGCGGAUGUCAAGGCCGACUGUAACAAGAAAACCGGGAAGUGUAACAGUGGCUGUCAUCCGGGCUGGAUGGGGGAGCCAGGAUGUCAAACAAAGUGUCCGUCUGACAAGUAUGGUGUCAUGUGUAGGGAGGACUGUGGCUAUUGUAACAAGGGCUUGUGUGACUUUGAAUCUGGAAGGUGUCUCGAGGGGUGUGAGGCUGGUUACCAUGGUGACACAUGUAAACAAGAGUGUAGUCCUGGUACCUAUGGUAAAAACUGUCUGAGUACUUGUGGUAGCUGUCUGGACGGUAUGUUAUGUGACAGAUUCUCAGGCCAGUGUCCAAACGGUUGUUCAGAGGGAUACCUAGGGAUGUUCUGUCAGACAGCUUGUACCGGUGGCAGUUAUGGUAUGAACUGCACAAGAACUUGCGGAAGGUGUAAAGACGAGACAAAUUGUCACCACAUCGACGGAAGAUGUGGGCUGGGCUGCAGCCCUGGCUGGAUCAGCUACCUCUGUGACCAGGGUUGUGACGAGGGCUUGUAUGGUGUCAAUUGUUCAAACACAUGUGGCAGCUGUAAAGACGAAGAGCCUUGCGACAUAGAGACCGGUGAAUGUGUGGCAGGAUGUGCCCCGGGAUAUACGGGCAGUAUAUGUGCCCAGGUGAUGCUCAACAAUCCUGGAGCAAACAGUGGUGGUGGUGCAGCUGGGGGAGCAAUCGCAGGAGCAAUCAUCUUUAUACUAAUCAUCGCAGUGAUAGUAUUUGUGGUGUACAGAAAAAGGAGAUUUAGGAAGACAUUGGAGGUACAACAGAAAAGUGACAAACCCAAUAAGUUACCAAUUGAAGAGGAUCCAAUAGAGAGUACACGGGAAACAGAUCAGCUCAUACGGGCUAAUGGUACUAAUGGUGUUGCAAGUCUUGAGUCUGAACCAUGCGAUGAAGAACCGAUCUAUGCUAACGUCAAUACACACAAACAGAGCAUGCCUGUCAAAGUACAGGACCUGUACGACUACAUCAAACUCAACAAGGCACAGGAAUGUGAUGGAUUCAAGAAGGAGUUUUCUGAACUACCCCAUGGCCUGAUGGCUUUGUGUGAGGCAGCUAAGAAACCAGAAAAUCGUCCAAAAAACAGAUACGGCAACAUUAUCGCAUACGACCACUCCAGAGUGAUAUUAGAUCCUGGUGAGGAAUAUGCUGAAGAGGUUGGGGCAGAUUACAUCAAUGCAAAUUAUAUCGAUGGAUAUACCAAGGCAAAUGCCUAUAUAGCAUCACAGGGGGCAACAAAAGUGAUGAUACGAGACUUUUGGAGAAUGGUUUGGCAGAAGAAGACUUGUAAAAUUGUCAUGCUUACAAAUGUCAUGGAAGCAUGCAAGAAAAAGUGUGACCAGUACUGGCCUGACAGUGGCAGUAUGAAGUAUGGUAGUAUUAAUGUGGAGAUCCUGGACACGGCAGUGUUUACUGACUUUACAAUCCGCACCUUCAACAUCUCGCUGAACGAGUCUAGUCGGACUGUGAAACAGUUUCACUUCACAUCCUGGUCUGAUCAUGGCGCACUGACCUAUCCAACACCACUGCUCACAUUCAAGCGUAAGGUUGAAACGUACACCCCAGAGAGUACGGCUCCAAUCAUUGUACACUGCAGUGCGGGUAUCGGACGGUCAGGGACCUACAUUGCCCUGGACUACCUGAUGUACCAGGCCAAGGCGGAGGGAGUGGUAGAUGUGCUGAGAAGCGCCCAGCUCAUGAGGUGUAACCGGAUAAACAUGAUCCAGACCUGGGAGCAGUAUGUGUUUGUAUACGAGGCUCUGUUAGAAGCCCUCAAGGCUGGAGAGACCACCAUUCCAAAUGACCAGUUCAGACGGAGAUAUGAGGACAUGUCUACUCUCAAGCCUGACCAACUUACUACAGCCCUGGAUGAUCAGUUCAAGGCAUUACAAGAGGUCACCCAUACCGUGGAUACAGAUGAAUACAAAGCAGCCAUGUUACCAGAAAACCUCGGUAAAAAUAGAGUCAAGAAUAUUUUACCAGCCAAUCGAUGUCGGCCACACCUGUACACUCAGGUAGAGGGAUGUAACGACUACAUCAAUGCCAUAUUCUUAUCAGGGUACACCCACAGGGAUGCGUUCAUCAUGACACAGAUGCCGCUACCCAACACGGUAGCUGACUUCUGGAGGAUGUUGUAUGACUACAACUCCAACACAGUCGUCAUGCUCAACGACUUUGACAGAAAUGACCAGACAUGUGCUCUGUACUGGCCUGAGGAACAUGGUUACACUGUGGAGUACGACCCUCUCAGUAUUGAGCUAUUGUCUUCCAGGGAAGUAGACCCCAACGUGUCUGAACGCAUCUUCAAAGUAUGCAACCAUAUGAAGGGAGAAGCGCGUGCAAUAAAACAAUUCCAGCUGAGGUCUUGGGCCGACUCGGAGAAAGUACCCGACACUGCUGCUCUCGUCCAACUGUUGGACAUGGUCUGUGAUUGGCUAAAACAGAGUGGCAAAGGACCAAUCACAGUCCACUGCAUGAACGGGGCCAGCAAGAGUGGCGUGUUCUGUGCUGUGAGUUAUCUACUGGAGAGGAUGCAGCGGGAUCAUGAGGUGGACGUGUUCCAAACUGUCAUGACCAUACGCAACAAUCGACCACAGUUCAUAGAGGACCUAGAACAGUACGAUUUUUGCCACAAGAUGGUGCUGGAGUACAUUGAGAGCCAGUGAAGGGAAGCUAUCCAGUGUCUUAUAUCGACAAGACAGGAGGAUGCUUGAUUCAAUUUAAACUACAGAGAAAAAGGGAUUCCAACACUUUAAAACUGGAGGAUUUUACAAAAGAUAUCUUCAAAACAGUUGAAAUAUCAAGAAAAAGUGAUAUAAUUAUAAAUGUUGCAUGUUGAAAUAACAUUGGUUGUACAAAUCUAGAAGAGUUGAGGUUGGAUGUUUGACAUUGUACAUGUGACUCAUUCAGUUCAUGUAAUGAAGUAAAUGUAACCUCGAAUGCUGCUAUUCAAUAGCACGUCUAUAAUCAUCGUAUGUGAUGUAAUCGUUCAUAGCCAAAGCCGCACGUUCCACUGGGACACUACUCCAUGACCAUUAUAUCAUUCAAGUAUUACACAUUUGUUUUGUGAACAUGUUGCACAGUUUUACUAAGUUUUGAUGCUUUUGUUGUACUCGAGCUGUAGAAUCUCCUGUAGAACCACAGACAGAAGAACCGCUGUGCAGAAAAAGAGUCUGUGGUUUAUAGUGUUUGAAAUAAAAAAAUUGAAACAAAUCAUCAUGGUCACCAAGGCUGUAUAGACAUUAUCCUGUAUAAUCUGGCAUGCUUCUGAAAACGUUUCAUUUCUUUCACAGUGUAUUUACAUGUUUUAACAUCUUUCCUUUUAGAUUGAGAAAAUGAUACAUGUAAUUAUUAUUGAAAAAAUAUGUGAAAUAAUACACACAUGGCCAUGGUGACUAUUAGAGGUUUUUCCUUUAGAACAGUUAUAAGUAGGGUUAUCUUGUGUGAUGACCAGGAUAUGCUUGUGUUUUUGGUGGUGUGACCAGGAUAUGCUUGUGUUUUUGGUGGUGUGACCAGGAUAUGGUUGUGAUUUUGGUGAUGUGACCAGGAUUUGGUUGGGUUUUUGGUGAUGUGACCAGGAUUCGGUUGUGUUAUGCUAUGGUGACCUGGUUACCUCUAGAUCUGUGUGUGUUCUACAGAUGUUAAGAUACUUGACCUUUGUAUAAUCUGUUGAGUAUGUAUUACAUUAACCUGUGUUCCACCAGAGUUUGUGCUGAUAAGAAAUUGAUGAUCCAAAUCCUUGAGCUUUCACUUGGUGUUCUGCACAUGUCGGUGCCUCUCUGUAGUGCAAUACUAGCUUCUAAGCCUGAUUGUACAUUUUUUUUAAGCAAUAGUAGAAUGAAGUACUGCUUCUGUCUGUCAAUGCUCUGUUCUGGCAAAUCAGAGUUUGUUGAAUUAUUACUAAAAGACAAAAUUGAAGAAAUCAAAAGGACACUUGUCCAUGUCGAGUGCUUUGAAAGAGAAAAGUGUACAGGAAUUAUAUAAAACCAAUUUUUAGCAUCAUAUGUAUGAGUUUGAGACAGUUAUGGAGUGUGUGUAGAACUUGUAUGUGUAGUACUUGGUGGACCAGAGAUAAUUCAUGUUUAACACUUGAUCGACCAGAGGUGACUCCUGUGUUAUACUUGUUGGACCAGAGUUGACUCCUGUAUGUGUUAUACUUGUUGGACCAGAAUUGACUCCUGUGUAAUACUUGUUGGACCAGAGUUGACUCCUGUGUUAUACUUGUUGGACCAGAGGUGACUCCUGUGUUAUACUUGUUGGACCAGAGUUGACUCCUGUGUAAUACUUGUUGGACCAGAGGUAAUUCAUGUGUAAUACUUGUUUUGUGUCACAUGUUUAAAAAAAAUGUUUCAUUGAAGCUUCAUAGAUGCUUGUGGAUUUUUUUUUUAUUACUGUAUUAUUUUCUGCCAUAAUGUUUGCUUUAUUCUUUUACAUGAACCCUAUGUUGUUAAAUGCUUAUUGAUAUUUACAUUCCAGACUAUUAUCUGUAUCAACAAUUUUUACAGUGUGUGUGAAUGUCGACAGGUUUACUGUCUUGUGUCUGUUCAAGUGCUUGUGUUAAUACAAAUUCCAAAUUUUACAUUUUAUUUUAAAUUCGAAAACGUAUUUCAGUUAGAAUUUUCAGCUCACAAAUCAUCAUCAUCUAAAAUGUUUUGUCAAUACGGAGCCAAUGAUAACCUCAACAAACAAGCAUUAUUAAAUUCUUGUACAAAAUAUAAUUUUGUAUCAUACUUGUAGAUAUUGUAUAUAUAUAUAUAUAUACAUAUUUUGCCGAGAGGUAAAUUUAUAACUGUGCUAGUUAGAUGUGAGCGUACCAAUCAUUUUCACUGUGUAUACAAUUCCAAUGGAGUGAUUCCCAGCUACAGUACAUGUAUCUGUACAGAUAUUCAAAAAUUUGGUAAAAAAAAAUCCAGUUAUUUGUCACUGACUUGGCUAGAGAGAUUUUCGCAACAACUGGUUCACCCGUUGUCAGUAUAAUGUGACUGGGCGGAAUGCUGUGCUGGGUGCCUUCGGCAUGGCAU